GUCAUCAUCAUCAUCACUAUGAAUUAAAACGUACUAUCUCCUCCUCCUCUUCCUCGGCAUCUAUCUUUCAAGAAACAUAUCCCAAAACGUACAGAACUCUACACUUUCUCUUCACUAUUCCCAUUCCAGACCGACAAACACAAUCAUCGUAUCAUCGGAAUAUCGAGAAGUCAGAUGGGAAUAGUUGAGGAUGCCCACAACGUAAGAGUGGUGGGGUCGGGGCCGCGGACGGUGGUGCUGGCCCACGGCUUCGGCACGGACCAGUCGGUGUGGAAGCACUUGGUUCCGCACCUGGUGGACGGCUGCCGGGUGGUGCUGUUCGACAACAUGGGCGCCGGCACCACUAACCCCGACUACUUUGACUUCGACCGUUACGCCACGCUGGAAGGCUACGCCUAUGACGUCAUCGCCAUCCUCGAGGAGCUCCAGGUCGAGUCCUGCGUCUACGUCGGCCACUCCGUCUCCGCCAUGAUCGGCGUCAUCGCCUCCGUCGCCCGCCCUGACCUUUUCACCAAGCUCCUCACCAUCUCCGCCUCUCCCAGGUAUUUGAACGAUGUGGACUACUACGGAGGAUUUGAGCUAGAAGAUUUGGAGCAACUAUUCGAUGCGAUGCGAUCAAACUACAAGGCAUGGUGUUCAGGGUUUGCACCAUUGGCCGUUGGAGGGGACAUGGAUUCCGUGGCAGUGCAAGAGUUCAGUCGGACAUUGUUCAACAUGCGACCUGACAUAGCUUUGAGUGUGCUCCAAACCAUAUUCCGCAGCGACCUGCGACAUGUGUUGAGUCAUGUGACGGUGCCAUGUCACAUCAUUCAAAGCAUGAAGGAUUUGGCGGUGCCGGUGGUGGUGGCCGAGUAUCUUCACCGGAACCUUAGUUGUGAGUCCGUCGUGGAGGUGAUGUCCACCGACGGCCAUCUGCCGCAACUCAGCUCACCAGAUGUUGUGGUCCCCGUGAUUCUUAGGCACAUUCAACAUGAUAUACAGACCCAAAAAUGAGAAUGGGGUCUAAGAUCGAUCCAAUCAACUGUAAUGCAUGUACAAAUUGUUUCAUUGUUAGUACGAAUAUUUUAAUUCUGCAUUUCCUUGACGUGUUCACUUGAUUGAAUAAUAGCCUAGACUCGUUCAAAUUAAAUCAUUAUGGUUCAAUUCA